AUGUAUGUUUUCCUUGAUUGAUAAUGUUCCUCUGUUGAACAUAGAGACCGAUUUUAAUUCAUAGUUCACGUAGUUACCUUCGCUUCCUCCUCUUUUGCUUAUUAUUAUCAAAUUUUAAUUCUUACUCAAUGUGUGUGUUGAUUCACUUUAUUAGUAUCUGAUUAUGAUUGAUGUGCGUUGGGAAGGAUUAAUAGGUUAUGAGGUUAUCGAAUCGAUAAAAAAUAAAUAAAUGAUAGAAAAAUUAUAAAAUAAAUAUAAAACGAUUUAAUAUAGGAGAAAAAAAUUCCCACGAAUGAACCUGACAAAGAUGGGAUUCACAACAGGAUGAGAAUCUCUCCCGGGUUGAAUAAAAACUUGGCCAAAUCUAACAAAAACAGAGAAUAGUAAAAAAUCAUAAUGAGGUUCGUUGACCAAAAGUGAGACCAAAGUUGACCACUCAACUUUGUCUUCUUCCUCUUCUCCGCAGCUGCUGCAAUGAGCACAGUGACCGGCCGGCGACGGAGAUCGGCGACCGGACGUCGGAGUCGGGGAGGACGAGAAGCUUUGGUCGGAUUUGGGUAGAGAGUGUUCUUCUCCCUCACGACUUCACCCUCACCCCUUUGCUGCCCUUCCCCAAAGCUCCAUAGGAGCGAGGGACUCUUUCACCCUGUCUCGCUUCUUCUCCUCAAAGCUCCAUUUAUAGGAGCGAGGGAAGGAGGAUGGCGUGCAGCACGCGGCGGCAGGCGAUUGCGGGCGACUGCGGCGAGGGCAGCGGCGGCGCGGUGAGCGGCGAGCGGCUGCAGAUUGGGGCCCCCGCGGUGAGGAGCGCGGUGAGAAACCCUCGGGUGAUGAGGGCGCUGCGUGGACCGGAGACAUGCGGGGGCCACAGUGGGGGCCGAUGAGGAGUUGCGUCGGUCAACUUCGCUAAUUUAUUCGCCCAAAUGGGACUCGAUUUUGAGAUGCCAUAUUGUACAGAGCUGUUCAGAGUUUCAAAGGCAAACACUGGAAAAAGAUAGCUGAAUGUUUUCCAGACCGGACUGACGUUCAAUGCCUACAUAGGUGGCAAAAGGUUUUAAAUCCAGAACUUGUGAAAGGGCCAUGGUCAAAAGAGGAAGAUGAAAUCAUAAUCGACAUGGUAAAAAAGUUUGGACCAAAAAAGUGGUCAGCCAUUGCACAAGCAUUACCUGGGCGCAUUGGGAAGCAGUGCAGGGAAAGGUGGCAUAAUCAUCUUAAUCCUGCCAUAAAUAAGGAGCCAUGGACUCAAGAAGAGGAAAUAGCACUGAUUCAUGCUCAUCAAAUUUAUGGAAACAAAUGGGCAGAGUUGACAAAAUUUUUACCAGGCAGGACAGACAAUGCAAUAAAGAACCACUGGAACAGCUCAGUAAAGAAGAAAAUAAAUUUGUACCUAGCAUCAGGACUUCUUUCAGAGUUUCAAGGCCUUCCUCAUGCUAAAAGUCCUGCUCAGGUAGUCAAUAGACAAAAUGGCAGUGCUAAUGGUUUAAAGGACAGGCUAGAGGUUGAGGAUUCAACAGAAUGCAGCCAAACUUCAACAGCCAAUGUUGGUUGCUCUCAGUCUGAUGAAAAUGAAAAACUGGCCAAUGCGGCUUCAGUGGAUGAUGACAUGAAUCUAGAUGGGGAUAUUAGUAGAAAAGAUAUUCAGGAUUCUCAUUUGUCAAUAUGCAUGAACGACUAUUAUGCCUAUAUGGAGGAUUUUGCACGUGCUGUUCCCGAAGAACAAUCUAAAGUUUCUGCAUCUGCAAACUUACUACUAACUGAGGAGGUAUCUGAAAAAAUUGCUGAGCAAGCAAGCAAGUAUGAUUUGCCUAAUAAUUCUACAGUAGAGAUUUCCCAGAAAUCACCGGGGUUAACGGAAGCAUCGGAGUACCAUAGUGUCUGUAGAACAAAUAACGAAAAUGGAUCUGUUUCAUGUUCAAAAUUUUCAGAUCUUAAAUUUCCAAAUUUUGUGUCAGAUAAUGAUUCAGCAUAUGAGAAACAGAGUGAUCUUUUGGUAUGUGAAACUGGUUGCUUCAGCAACUAUCUUUCUGGGUUAGAUGUUCUUCAAGGAGGUAUCGAAGAAUGUCCUAUUGAAUUUGAUGAUUCAAGCUUUGGGAAUUUGGAUUAUUACUCUGGUACAAUUUGCCAAAACUCCUUUAGUUCUGAGGCUUGUAAAAGUCUCACUUCAUGUCCAAAUCCUGUCAGCUCAUCAGGUAUGCUUGGAAUUUCCUAUGAUGACAAUUUGGUGGCCGUACUUCCUCAUUCAUGUGGUAGUGAUGGAAGAUUAUACAGAAAUUCUACUCUUGAAACUAGAGAUAUUUCUGUUGAAGCUCAUGAUUCAGAUGUCAUUAUAUGUUCAUAUGAUGGCAUUGCUUAUUCCAGUUGCUCUUCUCUUUGUCCCAGUGAUAGCAGUAAAUCUAAAUUUUUUCUCCCAGAAGAUAAGAGACAGGAAAUUGGGGCUCCAAAACAAACAAACACAGUGAUGAUGGUUUCUGCUACUCCAAACACCAAUCACAAGGCUAUGUCAUCAGAUGAAAAUCUAUCUGUGCAGUCUGCAGACUUGUCAGAUUCUGGAGCUCUGUUUUAUGAACCUCCAUGUUUUCCAAGCUUAGAGAUUCCAUUUAUCAGCUGUGACCUCAUAUCCUCCGGAGAUCCUCAGCAGGCAUAUAGUCCCCUUGGGAUUCGUCAACUGAUGAUGUCCUCUGUGAAUUGUUCUAAACCGUAUAGUCUGUGGGAUUCACCUUCUCAUGAUGAGUCACCUAAUGCUCAUUUAAAAGGUGCUGUCAAAAGUUUCAUGUAUACACCAUCAAUUUUGAAGAAACGGCAACGUGAAAUGUCAUCACCUAUACCAGAACAGAGAACUGACAAGAAACCUGGUAAAGAUAUGGCUCGUGUGUCAUUAUGCUCAUCCCCUGUAAAUGAUGCUGAGAAUUCUUUCAUGGUUAAUGUGAACGAUGAAAUCAUUUUUAAUGAAAUUCCUCCAGGUUAUGCUGAGGGAGGAUUUAGUAAUCCUUCAGAUAAGCAGCAUAAGGUACCUGUUCUUGGGGAUGAAGACAAAGAAAAUCUAUGCCAAUCGUCUUGUUAUGCAACAGCUGGAAAUGUUGUUAUGGAAGCAAAGACCCCAGCUAACUCAUAUGGUAAAAUGGCAUCCUUUACAUCAGCUACUAGUGCAGCAAGCAAAGUUGAUACUGGUGCUUCAAAAUGGAGACCACCUCGGAUUCUCGUCGAAUGCAAUGCUAAUAACAAAGUAUUCUUUUCUCCACGUGGCACCAGAUAUCCUACGAAUGGGUCAUUAAACGUUGGUGCUAAAGCUUUGAAAGUUCACACUCUCAGGAGCUCAGAGAAUGCAUCAAAUUUUGGUCAAUUAGAUGAUUGUGCUGAAUCUCUUUUUGAUGUCUCUGCCUUCUUUUCUCCUAGAGUCAGUGAAAAUAAGGACUCACAUUGUGUCUCUAUUAUAUCAGUACAAUCUGAUCCAUCAACACAUCCUUCUUUUGCGGUUGAAAAAUGCAGUUCAACAGUUGAUGAUGACAUUAGACACUUAAACAUUUUUGUUGAUACCCCUGGUGUUAAAAGGGGAAUUGAAUCUCCUUCGGCAUGGAAGUCACCCUGGUUUGUGAACUCUCUCCUUCCAGUACAUGGAAUUGGCACUGAUACAGCAUUUGAGGACAUGGGAUAUUUAAUGAGCCCUGGCGAUCAAAAUUAUGAUGCCAUUGGGCUGAUGAGGCAGUUAAGUGAGCACACUGCUGCUGCAGUUGCAGAGGCCCAAGAGGUACUGAUAAGUGGAAGCCCCGUCAGAGCAUGCAAUGAACCACAAUCUGACAACAAGAAAUUCUCAGAUGAAAAUGCUGAUCCUGCUGACAAAGAGCUGGGAAAUUAUCAUAUGCCAUCAAAAAUCAUGACGGAGGCUCGAGUUCUUGAUUUUAGUGGAUGUGGCACACCUGUCAACAAGAGAUCAGAAAAUGUGAAAGCAGGUAACACAGAGACAUCCAUAAGCUUGUCAAGCCAGUCCUCGUAUCUUAUGAAGGUUUGCAGAUAGAAACUACCAGGCAUCACAGUAAAAAAGUUUGCAUCUUUGCCAUCUUAAUAUGUAAAUGCCCCUCGCUGUGAUUGCUUUCCUGAUUUAUUUUAUCUCAGUUUCUUCUUUUAGGUAUAUUCAUUUUUAUGGAUUGUCAAUUUUAAUUGCAACCGAAGAAUGUCAGUGAAUAUAAAUCCAAUACAAUCAGUCCAUCGAGUCAUGUCAUUUUGAAUUGCGUAA